UUCAAAACAAAAACAAACGGGAGCGUCUUGCUUCCCUCCCUCUUUUUAUGAAGUUUGAAAUUCAAACGAAGGGCCAGAACAAAGCAGAUCAGAUCCCUUCUCUUUUUCCUCUCUGAAACAACGUAUAGAUUUGUGGAUUGCGGUUGAGUGGUUUUACCCCUAAAAUCAACACCAAAACUCGAAAUGGAAAAGUACGAGAAGCUGGAGAAGGUAGGGGAGGGUACCUACGGAAAGGUUUACAAGGCCAAAGACAAGGCAAGCGGCCAAUUGGUGGCCCUCAAGAAGACUCGUCUUGAGAUGGACGAGGAAGGCGUCCCUCCCACUGCUCUCCGUGAGGUCUCCCUCCUCCAAAUGCUUUCCCAGUCUCUCUACAUUGUUCGUCUCCUUUGCGUCGAGCACGUCGACACCAACAAGAACGGCGGCUCUAAGGCCAAUCUCUACUUGGUUUUUGAGUACCUUGAUACCGAUCUCAAGAAGUUCAUCGAUUCCCAUCGCAAGGGUCCUAACCCCAGGCCCCUUCCUCCUUCCCUCAUUCAGUCCUUUCUCUUCCAGCUUUGCAAAGGUGUCGCCCACUGCCACAGCCACGGCGUCCUCCACCGCGAUCUCAAGCCCCAGAAUCUUCUCCUCGACAAGGAAAAGGGUAUCCUCAAAAUUGCAGAUCUGGGUCUUGGCCGUGCUUUCACUGUUCCUCUCAAAAGCUAUACUCAUGAGAUCGUAACGCUCUGGUACAGGGCCCCUGAGGUUCUGCUUGGCUCUACUCACUACUCCACCGCCGUCGACAUGUGGUCUGUUGGAUGCAUCUUCGCCGAAAUGGUUAGAAGGCAAGCAUUGUUCCCGGGGGAUUCUGAAUUCCAGCAAUUGCUCCACAUUUUCAGGUUACUGGGCACCCCAACUGAGAAGCAAUGGCCUGGGGUUACCUCUCUAAGGGAUUGGCACGUGUACCCACGGUGGGAGCCUCAGAACUUGGAACGCGCUGUUCCUUCCCUUUCUCCUGAAGGGGUUGAUCUCCUCUCUAAGAUGCUUAAAUAUGACCCUGCAGAGAGAAUAUCAGCAAAAGCAGCUAUGGAUCAUCCUUAUUUUGACAGCCUUGAUAAGUCCCAAUUCUGAAUUUGCAUUGUAUGGUUAUAGUAUUAUAUGGAUUUUUUCUUUUCUCGCUUAGAAUGGUAUAUUGCUUUUCACUAGGUGCUCGCUUCCUUGAGCCUAAACUCUAAAGCACCAACUUCUGAGCUUCAAAAUAUGUGUCGGGAGAUUAGUUGUCAUCAACUAGGUGAUCCACAGUCUCUGACAAGUUGUUUUUUUAUUCGUGUGUAACCUUUUACAAGUUUGUAAUGAUACAAAUAUCAACCAGUUCACUUUGAAA